AUGUUAUUAUUUCCAAUAUUUAUAUUCUUAAACUUAAUUUACAACGUAACAUCGUUGUCAAUUCUUGUGAAGAUUUUAUGGGGAGGAAAUGAACAUUAUGGGUUACAAAAUUUGAUUCAGAAAGACACUCACCGAUUCAACUUGGUUUUGUUCUGCAAUAAAUGGGGACACCCCAAAGAAGGAUUAACAGAUAAAUACGACACUUUUCAUUUUGAAGGGUUUGAAAGAAAUAAUUCUGAAGAAUUGGAAAAAUACAACUUGAAAGUUUUUAAUCAAAAUGUUUGUUUGACAGUAUAA